AUGUCUGAAGAGAAACACUCUCGCCAAACGACCAACGUGCUCUCAAAGUUCCGUCCAGUGCAAGUCCAGGAAUUCAAGGAGGCCUUCACAAUGAUCGACCAAAACCGUGAUGGUAUCAUUGAUAUAGAAGACCUCAAGGACAUGUACUCCAACUUAGGUCGAAUUCCUCCCGAUGCAGAGUUGAAGGAGAUGCUGAAGGAAGCUCCAGGGCCUCUCAACUUUACAAUGUUUCUCAACCUGUUUGGAGAAAAGCUCAGUGGAACGGAUCCUGAAGACACAAUACGACAAGCCUUCUCUAUGUUUGAUGCUGAUGGGAAAGGCUACAUCCCAGAAGAAUACCUGAAAGAUUUACUUGCCAACAUGGGAGACAACUUCACAGAGGAAGAGAUCAAACAAACGUGGAAGGAAGCACCUCUAGAGAAAGGAAAGUUCGAUUACAACACCUUCGUUGGAAUUCUCAAGGGAAAAGAAGAAGAGGAACCCAAAUAA